CAAGGUUGGAUGUUGGAUAUUACUAUUGACCAAGCUUCAUUAUCCCUGCUGAUGCCUGGUGUGCACACUCAGUGCUGCUGGUGCUCUUGCAGACCCCUGCACAGACUUUACCUUCUACAUAGGGGGGAUGUUCUGGCAGGCUGUGAAGAUGUCCAUGUCCCCCCAAUGAUGGGCAAGGCCUACUCCCAUCUGCUCCAUUUACCCUAGAUUAAAGUUGCUGAAGCUAUAGGACCCUGGAUCAGAAGACUCUGGACUCUCAGCAACCCAGUCAUUUGAGUACCUGAGUGGGAGUGAGACAAAAAAGAACCUUGACCUUGGGAGGCCUCUCUCUCUCAUUUUCUUUUCCCUCCCUAUUUCUCUCUUCCUGUCUCCCCAAUCUCUGUCUCUCCAUUUUCCCUCUCCCAGAUGUCUUCGGUUCUGGAACAGCCUCCUGGGCAAGUGGAGGACCCAGUCAUGCCCCAACCUUCCCAGUGGCCCCCCCUUCUGUGUGGACCCUGCAUCCCCAUCAUGUUGGCCCUGGCCCUGGUGGCUGCCAUCUUCCUCCUGGCCACAGCUGUCCUGGCUGAAUGCCUUUUCCGCCGUUCUCUCAGAUCAGAUCCUGGUCCCCAGGGGCCCAGCUUGGUCUGGCGCCCAGGGGGGGAGCUGUGGAUCGAGCCCAUGGGGACACCCCAUGAACGAUCUGAAGAUUGGUAUGGUGCAACAGCUCCUCUUCUGCACCCCCAGGUUACUGAGCCCCCUACUCUUGGGGGUACUUUGACGGUUCAGGCCACAGCACCCCACAUUCCAGAUUCUCCUCUUUGUCCCUCAGCUCCACACGAGGCCCCUGAUUCCCCCAGCAGCACAUUCUGGAGUGCAAAUCCUUGGGAAGAAAGGCCUCGGAUUACUGGUUUGGUAGGUUGGUCUGAGCCACAGCCACAGCCACAGCCAGAACCCUUAGCCCCACCAUUUUAUGGCAUCCGGAGGCCUGGGAGCCCUGAGCCUGACUGGGGUGUACAGCCACGGGUAACCUUGGAGCAGAUCUCUGCUUUUUGGAGAAGAGAGAACAGGGUACACGGAGGCCCCUGAACAAUGGGCUGUUGAGCCGGCCCCACUCCUGCUAAGAGAACUUCCUCCAUAUUGAAAGCCUAUAGGAAGCUGAACCUCCAGAGGGUCAUGGGACACCGGAGGCCCAUGGAAGCAGGGCUCUGGACCGCACCUUUGGAUCCUACCUAGGCCAUCCCUGCAAGCAGAGAGGUGGGAUCUAGACAGGAUCCUUAAGGAGUGAGUGCUGAGUAUUUUAAAGAACAUCAAGACAUCUUUGUGGACUGUGGGGUCAGGCUGGGCAUGGACAGAGUGCUCACUCAGGUGGAGCCAAAUGGAUCCUCAGCUCACUGUGAGAUGGGGCGGUGCCACUUCUAACUUGAAUGACUGGCAGUGGUGAGUUAAAUGUACAGAGAUGCUAGUGUAACUGCAGUCACCAGAGCAAGAACGUCAGGUGUGUGAAACAAAGGAAAUGGACAAUUCUCUUUCCCUCCUUUCCCUUGUACUCAGUCUCCCCCCUGCUGUUCUUUGCCAACUUCCUGGGCCCCUUACCGCUUUCCAAGACCUUUUUCCAAGCACAUAUGACUUCCCCUUCUGUAGACAAAAGCAAUUUUACUUUCAUGACCUGUAAAUGUGGAUACUUCUCAAUGUUAUUGUAUGAUAGACAGAAGACAAAUGGUUGACUCUAGUUCUGUUCUAGUUCUUAGGGCUAGAAGGGAUUUUAGAGACUGUCAUGUUUAUCCCUCUCAUUUCAUAGAUGAAGUAACUGCAGCCCAGGAAGGAGAGGAAUUUGCCUGAAGUUACAUAACCAGGGUGUGUCAGACCUUAGGUCUCCUAACUUCCGGGUCAGGCAUUUUUCCACCAUGUCUUCAUGAAGGAGAGAUGAGGGAAGGCCCAGACAAGCUAAGAUCAGCUAAGAUCAAGAUUGUUGUUGUUGUCUGUCCUUCAUUCUUGAAGAGAACCAUGACAGAUGUCAUGACUUGCACUGAAUUGAAUUUAAGUGAGGGAGGACUGUGCAAGGUCACCAGCCUUACUCUCUCCU